AGGGAGGGGGUUUACUUCCACUGAAUCAGGGUUGCCGGUGAGUGAUGUUGCCGCCAUAGGUGCAGGUUGCGCGUUUGUGAGCAAUGUUGGGGACUGAAGCUGCGAUCAUCAGCAUCAGCAUCGACGGCGGCUCCUUGUGGCUGCGGCCGGACGCGCGUUGACGCACAGAAAGGAAAAAAAAAGAAAAGUGAAAGGCGCACAAACCAGGAGUCACAUUGGAUCGGAGCCCAGUGGCAGCGGAGGGAUCACCAAGUUGAGAUGCUGUGAAGAGCUUCGUGGCUGCUGUGAGGAGCAGGAGGAAGAUGCUCCAGUCUCGCAGUUGUUAUUGCGCGUUAAGUUUGAGCAGAAAAUAACGGGGGAAAAAAGGAGCGCGUUAUGCUGUCUGGGAUGUAUUUUCAUUGAAUAGCAAUCACAGAAAACAAAAAGGUCAAGUGGACGCAGUUCUGUUUGUAUUUGAGGAGAUUUUCGCUGUGGAAGGAAGCGGAACAAAGCCAGGACAAAUCUGGGGGAAACAAAUAUGACGGCCGAUUUUGACGUUGUCUUGUGUGUGCAGAUGAGCCACGAUAUCGCAGACAGAAUUACAAACCUCGGGUGAAUUCGGAGUGUGAUUAAUUCUUCAUUUCCUCUGGAGAGACAGACGGGAUCUAAUCCAGGUGGCGGCGCGUAAUGGGAGAAAAGUUUCGGACCUUGCAGAGGAGACGCACUGGCAGCAUCCCGCCGACGACGCGUUUGUAAAUAACAUGUGAUGUUUUUUCGCGACUGACGAAGUUUGAGAGUGAAUUUCAAACAUUCAGCAUGACUUGAAACACCUCUGGACUUGUUGGAACUUCGAGCAUCAAGCGCAGUUAACGAUCCAUGAACCUCCGAGCCGAUUUGUCCAAAGACGCGCAGACGGACAUUGAUGAUCUAGAGAGGAUUUCUGCAGCGGCAGCAGCGGCGCACUGAAAGCCUGAUCACAGUUUGAAAGAAAGACUCUCCUCCCCUCCCCUGGAUGUCUAUGAUGUUGUGCCAGCUCGGGCAGAGGUGUGUGAUGGAGGUGGUGGUGCUGACCAUCCUGUCCUGGGUGUCCGUGUGGGCAGAGGAGAAGAUCAUAUUUGACAGACACGCUGUUUACUGGAACAGCUCCAACCCCAAGUUUUGGCACGGAGAGUACAGGGUGGCGGUGAACAUCAAUGACUAUCUAGACAUCUACUGUCCUUACUACGAGGGUCCUCCGUCCCACGGGCGCAUGGAGCGCUACAUUCUGUUCAUGGUCAACCACGAGGGCUACACCUCCUGCCAGCACAGGAUGCGUGGCUUCAAGCGCUGGGAGUGCAACCGUCCCAGCGGUCCUGACGGGCCCCUGCGCUUCUCAGAGAAGUUCCAGCUCUUCACUCCGUUCUCCCUGGGCUUCGAGUUCAGGCCCGGACACGAGUACUACUACAUCUCGUCUCCUCACCCAAACCAUGUGGGACGGGCAUGUCUAAAGCUGAAGGUGUAUGUCAGACCUCCAGAUGGCUCGGGAUACGAUUCUCCGGAGCCCUUCCUGACUGACGGGGGUCAGAGCUGGAGGUCCGUGGCCCCGUUAGCUGCUCUGGCCUCACUGUCCCUGGGACUCCUCUACUGGCUGUGACCCCUCUCCCUCCCCUCUCUCUUCCUGGAGCUCCCACCCAGGGAUAACGGGCUGGGCUGGCUGUCCCUCUAAAUCCACCACCCCUCAGGGAAGCCCUCUGUCUCCGCCCCCUCCUCCUCCUCCUCUUCCUCCCACCUCCACCUCAAUACGACCACCAACCACCCCCUCCCCUCCACUGCCAGCCCUCUUUUUCAUGGCCCAGCCACGGACACCUUUCCCAGGCCUGGCUGACAUGGGCUGGGUCUGGAGCUGUCUGGAAAGUUGCCCUUCAUCUCUGAUUCUGGGUGGAACAGCACCUCUUCGCUGAAAAACACAAGAGAAAUGUCUCUGCACUCAUAUCAGGGGGUCCUUUUGAUUUGACUAUUGACUCUUGGCCACUGAUGGGGUGGAUGUAGCCGCGGCUAUGAUUAAACUUGUCGUUCCAGUGCAAUUCCUAUCAUCCAAUCACGGCAGGAUGCAUUAAGCGAUAGGCCUGGAUGCACAAAAAUUGGAUUUUGCUCACAUUGCUAUCUCAUCCUCAAACCAAGAAUUGGAAGUGGCCAAGCUUGCAUUGUAAUUGGAAUUCCAUACAAUCUGGACCGGCUCCAACUCCCAAUGAGAAUAAGAGCGAAUGCAUGGAGGAGAAAGUGCAGAAAAGAAGGGGGGUGAAGACAAUGCAAGCACAGAUUUAGACAAAUAUGGGAAUUGUAAUAUUAUACAUGUUGAAAUUUUCAGACUCAGUGUAGAUUCACAGCAAUGUGAUAUAAAAAAAAAUCCCAUCACGAUGACAAGUAUAACCAUAGCCUGUUUCAGUGGGAGGGUGUAGGGAUGUUCUGGGUGGGUCUGAUGAGAUGUAGAUUUUCAGGUGGGAUGUGUUUUGUCUUAUUCAUGUUUCUAAACAAAGCAUUUAUCACAUGCCUGGCCAGCACAGGCAUCUUCAGCACUGUCUAAUGUCGAUUGGGUCGGGUGACUUUUGGAACCAUGACUUUCUCAUGUAUGAAUGUACCACUGGUCACCCACCUCUUUGUCUUUCUGUAUUAUUAUGACUGUGGUCACUUACAGUACCUUCUCUCGGACUGGCAGGACGAACGGGUCGGGGGGAUUUUUGAAGGGGUUGCAGGCGGGCAGGAGGGAGGGGAGGGGCGACGCUAAGGAUGAACAGAGGACAGGUGAGAAAAGGAGGCGACACUCAAGUUGCAUGACCACUGUGAAACCUUCAGAUCAAUCUUGUUUCUAAUGAUGAUAUAUUUUUUCAUGGGGAAAAAGAAAAAAAUAAUCACCCUGCUACUGCUCUCUUGCUCUCCCUGAGACUUUUUUCAAGACAUCAAAAGGAAAAUUCGACCUCUCUCCUCACACACGGUUUCUCCCCGUCUUGGCUUUCUAGUCGUUGAUGGAUUAGCUCGGGCCAGGAGAUAAAUGGACCCACAGGGUGAAACUGACUGGAAAUCAGCCCUCGGAGCCCAGGCCAGAUCACAAUGGACAUAAACACUGACUGAAGCUGGUCCCGGGUUCGAGGGUUAAACCAAUAAGGGAAGCACAUAGACUGUGGCAAAUGAGGCGAGGUGUGUGUGUGUGUGUGUGUGUGUGUGUGUGCGGUAGCAUCACAAAAACACACAUAUGCGCAUGCACACACACACACACACACACACACACACACACACACACACACACACACACACACACACAUUAAUACACAAACACACACACACACACACACAGUCUUUGAUUUUGGGAGCAUUCGUGGACAUGGGAACGGCACAAAGAGAGCAUGGAGGAGGGAGGUGGAGGGAGAGGAAGCGUGUGCGUAUCAUGGGACUUCUUUAAUGUUUGGGAAGUGAACAUAAUGAGUAAGCACUGUGAACACACACACAAACACACACACACACACACAUGCAUACACACGACAACCCAUGUACAGAUAUACACAUAUGUAGAGAAGCAAAUGCAGAUGUAGACAUUUUACAGAGACAUGGCAUGGACAUACACACAUGUACAAAGACAGACACACACACACACACACACACACACACAAGGAAACACAAACAAGGGGAAGCACUUCUUUCCCUAUUUCAUCUUAUUUUUGUAGCAUUUAAAAUCACUGUUAAUUACUCCUGUGUGGGAUGCAGUGAUGGGAUAUAGCCUGUGGAAGAUUAAAAAAAUGUGUCUUCUCUUCUUCUA